AUGCCUAGCCUCAAUUUCAAUCCCGACAAAGAAAUCCCCGAUCUGACGGGUAAAUCCAUUUUCAUCACGGGCGGAACCAACGGUCUGGGCGCUCAAUCAGCUAUCCACCUAGCCAAACACAACGCAUCCCACAUCUACAUCAGCGGCCGCAAUGCGCAAAGUGCCGAAAAGAUCAUCGCCCAAAUCCGCGAGACCGGUUCAAAAACCAAAGUCAAAUUCAUCCAAUGCGACCUAGCAUCUCUCUCCUCCGUCAAAGAAGCAGCCGAACAAUUCGCCUCUCAAACACCGCAACUAGACAUACUAAUGUGCAACGCCGGCAUCAUGGCCAAACCCCCAUCCCUAACACCAGACGGCUACGAAAUCCAAUUCGGCACAAACCAUCUCGGCCACGCACUCCUCAUCAAAAAACUACUCCCCCUCCUCGAGAAAACGAGUAAUACAGGCGGCGACGCGCGCAUCGUCAUCCUCACGUCCGAGGGCAUGUUCCUCCACCCGAAGGGCGGCAUCAUCUUCGACGAUCUAAAAACCGUCCAAGAUUUCUGGGUCGGCGGACCGUGGCGACGAUAUGGACAGAGUAAAUUAGCCAAUAUGCUCUAUGCCCGUGAAUUAUCCCGACAAUACCCCGGUAUUAUUUCUGUGUCUGUACACCCUGGUGUCGUGGCUACGGAGUUAGUUGGGAACUCGAAGUUUAUGGAUCGGGCACUGAUUCAGGUGACUAAUUUUGGAAAAUUGCUUAAACCGGAAGAGGGGGCUUUUAAUCAGGUUUGGGCUGUGACGACGCCGAGGGAGAAGUUGGAGAAUGGAAUGUAUUAUGAGCCUGUGGGCAAGUUGGCGUGGAAGAAGCUGGAUAAGACAGCGAGAGAUGAUGGUUUGGCAAAGAGAUUGUGGGAGUGGACCGAGGAGGCUUUAAAGGGGUAUUGA